GUCUGCGAUAGAAAGAAAGAAAAAAAGAGGGAAAAAAAGGAAACAAGGAAGAAGAAGAAAGGAGAGAAGAGCGAAGGGGCAGUUCCAUUAAAACCAACAAAUUUGUUCUCUUUGAUUUCGCGGCUCUCACGAAGCCUCCCUCUGCAAAACACAGAGAGCAAAGGAGGAAGAGAUCUGUGUUGUUAUUGCUCAAAUACCAGUUCCUCGUUGUUUUUUCUGGAAUCGCAUUAUUGGAUUUGAUAUUGAAGGCUGCAGUUGGGAUUGGUAAAGACAAACUUUGGUUGUGAAUUUGAGGUUUCCUAUUGGAUUAUUUGUACAGAAAAUGAGGGAAAUCUGGAGAUGAGAUGGUUGAGUUAGUCUCAAAUUGUGGUUCAGUUUGGGAAUCUAGUGUGUGCGAAGUGGGUGAAAGGUGAAAAAGAUUGCUAGAACAAAAUGUCUGAUGUGGCGAGUAUAGCAGAGGCAGUGGCUGCAAGGUUUAGUUCUUUGGAGCUUAUUGGAAGAGGAUCUUUUGGUGAUGUCUACAAGGGCGAGGAUUUAGAUAAGAUUGCCAUCAAAGUUAUUGAUUUGGAAGAAUCCGAGGACGAAAUUGAGGAUAUUCAGAAGGAAAUUUCUGUUUUGUCACAAUGUCGAUCACCCUACAUUACUGAGUACUAUGGUUCUUAUCUCCACCAGACUAAGUUAUGGAUAAUAAUGGAAUAUAUGGCUGGUGGCUCUGUUGCAGAUUUGCUGCAGUCUGGUCCACCGCUCGAUGAAAUGUCAAUUGCAUGCAUUCUACGUGAUUUGCUGCAUGCAAUUGAUUAUUUGCAUUGUGAAGGAAAAAUUCACAGGGACAUUAAAGCGGCAAAUAUAUUGCUGAGUGAAAAUGGUGAUGUUAAGGUUGCAGAUUUUGGUGUUUCUGCUCAAUUAACGAGGACAAUAUCAAGACGAAAGACAUUUGUGGGAACUCCAUUCUGGAUGGCACCGGAGGUAAUUCAAAAUUCUGAAGGAUACAAUGAGAAGGCAGAUAUCUGGUCUCUAGGAAUCACUGCUAUUGAGAUGGCGAAAGGGGAGCCUCCACUUGCUGAUCUUCAUCCCAUGAGAGUUCUUUUUAUUAUACCUCGAGAAAAUCCACCUCAGUUGGAUGAGCAUUUUUCUCGCCCCAUGAAAGAAUUAGUGUCACUGUGUCUGAAGAAAAUACCUGCUGAGAGACCCAGUGCCAAAGAGCUUCUGAAGCAUCGCUUCAUUAGGAAUGCCAGGAAGAGUCCUAGGCUUCAGGAGAGAAUAAGAGAACGUCCGAAAUACCAAAUUCCAAAGGAUGAAGAUGAAGAAACACCAACUAAUGGUACUAGAGCAAUAGGCGAAACGUCCGACACGGUAAAAGUAUCGAGAAAUACAAGAGAAGAAACUAUUCAUGCCAGCAACCAGAGUAAAACUCCUAAGAAUGCUGGAUGGGACUUUAGUAUUGGGGGACCAAACAGUACGGGUACUGUUCGAAGUGUGGUAAAACCGCCUCAAAUUAGGGAAAGAAAGCCAGACAUUCCUUAUGGUCAGGCUGCACCAAGCAGAAUUCCAGAGAGUGGCAACUGGCUAGCUGCAUCUGGAAAUGCAUCACGUGACGUAGCAGAAGAUGCUAGAGAUUCAUACAAUACGGGGGAUGCGAGUGAAGAUGAAGAGUUAUCUGUAAGUGGUUCAGGAACUAUCGUGAUCCGGUCUCCCAAGGGAUCUCAAUCAUCUGCUCAAUUUCAUAGUCAAAGCAGUCCGUCUGGAAAUGCACAAACAUAUUUUGAGGACACACCUUUUAGUGGUACUGUUGUUAUGCGUGGUCAACGUGAUGAUUCUGAUUCUCCUCGGACUCCACUAUCCAGAUCGGGAAUUCAAGAAAGGACUUCAAGUUUUUCCCCUGAAGAUAGUGCAGUAAACCUCUCGGAGGCAAAGGCUGCGAUUCAAGCAGGAUUGAAAAAAGCUAAUGCAAGGGAAAGAUCAGCACAUAAACUCAACGACAGGAAGGAAAAUAGAAGGACAGAGCAAACAGUGAGUAGCUCUGACUCUUCGAGGCAUUCUCGUGAAUUCUUUGAUGCACCAAGAGCAUUGCCAAAGCCAUCUCAAUCAAUUCAUGAUGAUGAAAGUGCAAAAGUAGCAUUAUCUUCUGCACCUUUAUCGAAAUUGUUUAUGCCAUCCUUGAAAGAGGUAGUUGCUGAUGACUCAGAAGGAUCACCUGCUCGUGCUGUAAUUAAUGCACUUAUAAAUAUGGAACACGUAAAACCUGGAUCAUGUGAGGUUCUUGUUACCAAGUUUCUACAGCAAUUGGCCAGUUCAAAGGAAACUUCGUUGAAAGAUUUACAAGACUUGGCAACUCGCUUGUUCGCCAAGAUUAAGACAGUUCCUGUUUCCGAAGAUACACAGAACGUUCCAGAUUCUGAUAGCAGCAAAAAGAUACCCAACAGGGAACUUCAUUCAAAUUCUAAUUUGAGCUCGCUCGCUAGAUUUUUACUCUCCAGGUUUGUUUUAUGAUAAUUUGUUAUGUCUCAUAUGGGAUUCACACCAUUCCUGACUUCUUCAGUGAAUGCUUUAAAAAAUGGGUACACUUGAAGUGUCAUUGCAUUAGAUUUGGAAACACCAUUGUUUUUUUUAUCUACCGUGACAAUACACAUCAUAUUAGUCAUUCUUUUUGCAUCAACUGGUAAGAAAGUAUGUUGGUAGUACUAAUACUCAUAUAGAGUGAAACAAUCUACCAUUCACCAUCAAUCAUCUCUUUAAGUUCUUGUCUCACCCAUAUUCAUGCACUUAUUUGCCCACCAUAUUGAAACUUAUAAAUCAACGUUUGUUCAUUCACUUAAUGAAUAUUGAAUAUAAUUGCCCACCGUUUUCAUCGUUUUGUAAUGAUCAGUUAGGCCUCUUUUUUCGAAUUGGAGUCCUUUUAUACACAGUUAAGUUUAGGACUCUUCUUGUGGGGCUGAUAUUUUUUUUUUAAUGUCCUUGUAUCUCUUUCAUGUUUCUAAGUUACUCAGAAACAUUAAACAAGCAAUAUAUGAUAUUUUAGGUCUAUGUAAACAAGCAACAUAUGAUAUUAGGUGUUGGGUUUUCAAAUGUAGUAACUUCUUAUGCCACGUUCAGUGACCAUAAUAAAACAUUAGGAAAUCAAAGAGGACUAAAACAUAAGACUUGAUAGUUUUAAGACUAAAACGAGAUGAGUAUGGAAGUUUAAGAUCAAAUACGAUUUAAAUUGUUUUUGUUUCUAAAUUCUUUUUAAGAGUAGACAUCAUACAUAUAGAUUGUUUCUGAUUAUCGGCAAAUGCACUUGAGCUAAACUACAUGGGUUUG